AUGCCAGAGAAAAGGAAGCGUAAUAAUGAUUCAGUCUCUGCACAGGGCACUGGGGAGGACAAUGUCAAACCAAUGAGCGCUGUCGCUGCAGCAAAAUUGAGGGCUCUUCAACCUGAAAUUGCAGAUGCCGUACAGGAGUCUAUCGAUAUAUCUCCAAGUCCUCUGGUAGAUCCUGAGCCAUCUGAUUUCGAUGACAAUGAAAGUUCCACAUCCGAUGAUGGUCUUCGCAGUGUGCAACUCUGCACUUGGCGUUACGGUCAAGACCAUAUUUCGUCUGAAACUGAGAGUGAACUCACCGUUUUCUUACAGAGAAACGCUACCAUAUCUAUGAUUGGAUGUUUCGAUCUUGUCGUACUUAGGGGAGCAAUCAAUGUAAAUGGUGCCAAUUUAUCGGCAACCGGCAAGGAGGUACCUCAGGUUCAUCGCAUUUAUGUGCCAUCAAUAUCUCCCAUAACCGUUAUCAGAGGAUUGGACACUAGAAACGAGGUCCGAUUCCUAGAUUGUGAAGAGGCAGUACCACUUUCCGAUUUGAGUCCACUGUUUGCCAACAUUUGGAAUGCAAGCACCUCACUCAAAAACCGAAAGAGAUCAUUCUCCUUGAUCACUGAUUCCGACGCCGACCCAUGGAAUCGACCUAUAGCACCUGAGCUUGCGCCUGAGGACUGGUUACGGCAAAUUGAGGAGUGUGCAAACAACCCAUCAACUAUCCUUGUUGGAGGAAUGCCAACAUCAGGCAAAUCCAUGUUUGCUCGAAGACUCAUUAAUCGAUGUUUAACAGGUCUGGGAAAGAGUGCACGUGCGAUGUCAGCUGUGUAUUUCUUGGACCUUGAUCCGAACAAACCAGAGUAUGGUCCCCAUGGACAGAUCUCCCUUGCGUUAAUCUGCGAACUUAAUCUUGGGCCGUCUUUUACACGCCCUAGUCCAGAGAAUGAGUCCUCUGAAAACUUCAACAAGAUACUCCAUGCUCAUUCGGUUCCUACGAAUGAUCUCUUCAACUACUGGUCGUACUUCAUCGCAUGCGUUAAACACCUCUUUCGGGUGUACACGGAUGCGCAACGUCAGCAACCUGCUCCACUGAUUGUCAACACGCCUGGAUCGAUAUUCUCAAUCGAUGUUACGUUGUUCAUCGAUGUUCUUGCCCAAAUCAAACCUCGUCAAGUGGUUCUCACAGGCGAUCUUGAAGCAAUUGACGAGUUGAACGCUGCGAGAUUGGACGCUGUUGACACAUUCUCUCGUAAGAGUGGCAUUACGGUCAGCCAUAUUCCAGCACAGUACAGCGUGAACAAACUCUCCCACUCAGAGGCUCAACUUCGCAGCAUGCAUAUGCUUUCAUACUUCCAUUGUACUGGACGUUCCCAAUCGGAUCCCCGUCAGUUUACAUUCAAUUCGAAGUCAAUCUCUUCUAUGACACCGUGGGAGUUUUGCUACGAAGAGACGAGCUAUGCACAACAAACAUUCAUUGGCAUACUGUCCAUGGGCGAAUAUAUUGAGCCCAGCCGACUCUCACACGUGCUUAACGGUUCUCUUGUAAAAUUGGUGGAGACAGAAGACGAGAGUAUCAUUGCGCUGUCCAACAAGCUUCCUCGAACACAGAAAUACCGUCUACCAUACUUCCAAGGCAAUUCCGAUGGCAUGGUUGCUCCGCCUGAGCCGGCAACUUCUCGGGUCGUAUGUACUGCGCUUUUGAGGGCCUGGGAUCCCGAGAACCGGAUUGCGCAACUUCUCAUUCCGAAAUCGCUUGAAAGAGCGAUUCGUCGGUUGAAUCCGGAGAAAACGGUGCUAAUCUCUGGUUGUUGUGACCAUCCAGAGUGGGCGUAUACUGAGCAUGAUUAUUAUCGCUUGUUGCGUCGCGAGGAUCAAGUCUCGGCCACUACAACAGUGCUGCAGCAAUCGCAAUCGCCAUGGGUGAUGCCGGCCUCGACCAUCAAAAACAUGGGGUAUAUGAACACGACGCGACGCGUCCGGAAGUUCCAGCAAUAG